AGUCAGACGAGGACUAACUCGAGUCGAAGGUUCCAGACCAGAUUACUCGUGCAGUAGCUGUGACUCAUCCUGGUACCGGCUCACUUGGCGUAUGCUUUGGCCCUAGUUUGGGUCUAGCUAGAGGCUUCUGGAAGGAAUAUUCGCGAACUUCAAUAUGCAUCUUAUAAAACCCGACGAAGUGAAGACCAGGACAUUCCAGCCUCCAUAGAUCUCCGCUAAAAUGGCUUUGUCUGUGAAAGCAUUUUUCUUCUCGGCAUGGCCACCAUCGGAUUCUCGACUGGGAAGCUCUGCUGAGAUUCGUCGCUUCUCGGUGGAUGACGGCGCAACGAGUAGUCUGACGUACUUACAUCAUAAAGUGGCAAGUGUGUUUCAGUUGAAGCGAGCUGAUAAUCUCUCCCUCAGGUGGCGUGACGAGGAUGGUGACUAUGUGGACAUCAAGACUGACGAGGACUUGAUGGAGGCACUCUCAUCAGGUGUUGGUGAUGUUCUCCGGCUCUACAUAUCCUUGACUGAAACAGUGAGUGGCAACAGCAGUGCCCAGCCUCGCACCCGCUGUGCACGUCCUGCCGCCGGCCCAGCGCAAGACCAAGUGCAUCCCAACAUAAUCUGUGAUGGCUGCUCAGGCCAGGUGAAGGGUUCCCGUUUCAAGUGCAUGACUUGCGAUGACUACGACCUUUGUGCACAGUGCGAGCAUCUCGGAUUGCACGAUGAGCACCUGUUUGUGCGCAUGCGUGAACCAAUGCCAUCGUUCUCAUUUGGUCUCGGUGGCUGGGGAGGCUUUCCAGGUGCCGGACGAUGGAGGUCUCGCGGUGCCAGAGGCCAUUGUGGCAAAGGAGCCGCCCGAGCAGCAAAGCCGCAAUGUGAUAGGUCGUUUGGUUGCCGAGGUAAUCCGUGUGGCGGCUGGCCACGGGCACCACAAGGACCCUCAUUUAGUUCAUGUGGUGGUGCUACUUCUACCUCAGCUCCUGCUGACCAAGUCUUUGGCUUCGGCCCAGAACAGCUCGCAUCCUUUGCCUCAGACUUUCUACAACGGAUGAUGCCUCCUCAACAACAGGAACAACGGCAGCAGCAGGGAGAUGGAGGUAAACCGGAUCCGUGGUGCCAGCAAGCAAAGGGAGAGGGUGUGGACACUGAUCCAGCAGGAAAGGGAGAGGGUGUGGAUGCUGACCCAGCAGGAUUAGCAUCAGCUAAGCGCCAAGACUCAGAUGCCCGGCAAUACAGCUCUGCUGCCGAUUCUGAUGAACACAGGUACCAGGAAUGUAUGGAUCGGCUGCUGGAGUUUGGCUUCAGUGAUGAUGGUGGCUGGCUUCAGGGUGUAGUCCGUGACUGUAAUGGCGAGGUUUCUACCGUUCUGGACCGCAUUGAAGCGCUAUACAAGCAGCACCAUGCUUGAUGAUGAUGUCAUAGAUAUGGAAUCCGGGACAAUGCCUUGCUCUUCUUCUAUUCAUGAUCGACUUCACCAGUAUUCAUUGCCACUUUCAAGCUAUGCUCUGUUCGCAUAUUGUUUAUGUUUGUACCGAUUACUGAUUACUAGAGCCGUAACAGCAUUGUGUGCGUGUGUGCCGUUUGUGUGUCACAUGUCCGUGUGUAUGGGUGUGUCACAUGUCCGUGUGUGUGUGUGUGUGUGUGUGUGUGUGUGUGUGUGUGCUGCCUUUAUCUUUUACUCUUCGUACAGAAAUACCUCUCGAUUUCAUAGUCCGCUGAAUUCAUGUGUGAAACUCCUCACUCGUGCAUACACAUAUCGCUGCCUCUGUAAUACUACUGUAUAUAAUCGGAUCUUGGCUUUUCAUUCGUUAUUAGUCGUCUGAUGAUUGCCUAUGGGCAUGAAACUAUUAGUAACAACGAAUGAUGUGUGG